AUGCCUACUACGAGGACGGAGGAGUACAACCUGAAGGCUCCCAGAUCGUGGAAACUUCGUCAUAUGUAUACCUCGGACGUUCUGAAUAUGGAAAACGACUUGAAGGAAGAACCUAAUAGAAGAAUGGGAGCAGCAUGGGCAGCAUUCGCAACCGUCAGGGAAGCUACUGACCAACUGACGGACCAAGAUCUUCGCGCCCAUCUGUUCGACUCGACAAUUUUUCCAGCGCUCUGUUACGCAGCGGAGACACCGCUGCCACGUCUAGGAAGCUAA